AGUAAGUUGUUACAAACAUCUACAUUUACUAAGAUAAGUUUCGAGAUAUUGCCACUACCAAUCGAUACAACUCCUGCUGCCAUCUGCCCACCAUAUGCUGAACUAGUGGCUGGAGUCUGCAAAUGUAACCAGGAUCUCUGUGAAAGGCCACCAUGCGAUAAAGUUCUAAAUCUCGUAAAAUCACAGUUUGAAAAUGAAGAAAACUGUUGCCCAAGUUACACUUGCGAUAAUUGUAUCGACAAAUUUUUAAUAAACGGAGAAUGUAUUUGCCCGGAAGAUUCCUUUUUAAAUCAAAAAGGAAUUUGCGAAUGCCACAAUCAUUACGAAUCCAUCCAAAAUAAUACUUGUCAAUGUGAUUUAACUAAAUGUCCUUUACCGAAUUUGUGUGAUGAUCAAUCAGUUGGGAUAGCUCAAUCUAUAGGAUGCUGUACAUUUAUAGAAUGCAAAUUAUGUCCAGAUGAUAGUUAUCCGAAAAGAUAUAAUAGCGAUUUAAUAGAUGAUAAAUGCGUAUGUAAUAUCUGUCCCAAAACUAGUUGCGAAGAUGGCUACGUUCCUAAAUAUGAAAAAAGAGGACAUAAUAUUCCCGGAGAUUGUUGUGAUUUAUACGAAUGCGUUCUCGAAACUUUCAAAAAAAAUUGUUACAUAAAUUACACACUAUACCAUCACAUGGAAUCGUGGAUGGAAGAUGAAUGUAAAAAUUGUACCUGUGUUAACGGCGAAUCUAUUUGUACCACUGAACCCAGUAACGAACAUUGUCGAGGAAUUUCAAUUAAUAGAGUACUAGAAGACAAUUGCAUUGUAAACGAAACUUUGUAUCGUCAUUUAGAAACUUGGUCAGAAGACGAAUGCACCAAUUGCACGUGUAUUAAUGGAAAACCAAAAUGCGAAGCUUAUUUUUGCGAUUCAAAUGUGUCUAUCAUCACACCAGAAACACAAGAAUCGCCGGAAUGUCCGUAUUUCAAUUGCAAAAAGUUUUGUAAAUACGGAUUUAAAUCGAACAAAAAAGGAUGUCAAAUUUGCAAGUGUAGAUUACCGGACAAAAUAAAUAAACAAAUGGAAUACUUUAUGCACAAUCACAAUUUAACCGAUGAUGACGUUUUGAUUAUUCUUAGGAUGCAUGUAAAAAAUAAAAAUGCUUUUGAAGAGCGUACAACUACAACUACCGAAAUGUCAAAAGAAAUUUAUAAAAUAGCAAAAUACGAGCAUCUUGAAGCAUUUAUGUACAAUCAUAAUUUAACUGAAAUGGAAGCUUUGAAAAUGUUGGAUGAACAUCUUCAAAAUAGAAUUAUCGAUAAAAAUCCAGCGGUAUUUACACCACCAAAUGUUAUUUCUUGUUCAGAUCAUACAUCAUAUUGGAUGAUACUGCUUUAUAUAGUAUUAAUAGGAUUGUUUGGAUGUUUCAUGGUGCUCUAUUGUAAGAAACAUUUUCACAGCCGUGAAAUGUCACAUAAUAAUAAUAAUGUGAAUGAAACGAAGAAAUCUUCCCGAAGGCCGAAAGAACAAGCUAUAGAUACAAACGAAAAGAAACCUCUUAAUAUUACUUGAACAAAUUUUGCGAAUAAUUGAAAUCGGUGAACGUUACGUAAUUGUGAUAUACUCGUAGACAUGUAAAAGCAAACUGGUAUUCCAAGUUUAUAAAUGAUACUCCUAGGAGGUUUAUUUAACAUAAAAAAAUGUGUUUUUUUCUAUUUAAAAAAUGUUAAGAUGAAUUAUUGAAGGAUAAAUUGCACGGAGAACAGGGUACUGUACAUUUAUAAACAAGUAGCUUGGUUUGCUGUCGUAUUAUAUAAAAGAAACUGAUGUAAUAUUUAAAUUAUUUAUUUGUACUGGAUAAAUCGAUCAAGAUUUGACGUGUAAAUCACAACUAAUAGCAGUAAAAACAUAUUCGUUCCUAAAUUGUACAUAAUAAUAUUUGUAGAGAUAAUAAAAGUAUGUUAAAAAAAAUCUUAUGUCCACAUAAUAAUCUACAGUAUUCUUGCUAAGUAUUUUCUUAUUUGCUGUACAUAAAAACGCAUUAUUUCUAUUUUUAUUUACUAAUUAUUAUUACAAAGUUCCGUUAUAAGUUAAAUUAGUUUAGCUUUAAACCUAACAGAUUAUUGUUAAGAUGUCGAAAUAUCUACAAAAUUAAGUGAAUAAAAUAAUUAAGUAGUUUAUUAGAUUUUUAAACAUAUUGUAUCUUUUAUCACGUGGCAAACAGUAUUCUGUUUGUAACAUUUAAUUAUUUAUAAUAAAACUGUACUCGAUUAGUACUUUCUAAUUACUGCUGAUUUUGGCUGAAUUUAUUGCCAAAAACUAUCCGCUUUUUAUGACGAAUUGUUUCUGUUUAUAUAGUUAAUAAAUUAGUUAUAAAUCUACUCAAUAAAAUAUCUCAUUGCAUA